AUGAAUGUUACCAGGGUGGUCAAAGAUUGGCUCUUGAUUGCGUUUUCUUGGUUGGUGAUUAAGGAUACUGUGACUAUUGUUAACUUGUUGGGGUAUGGAUUGGCGUUUUUGGGAGUUGGGUAUUACAACCAUUCCAAAUUGCAGGCUUUGAAGGUUAAGGAAGCUCAGAAGAAAGCUCAGGAGGUUGAUGAGGAGAGUGGGAAGUUGUUGUCGGUAGAAGGAGAAGGGAAAAUUAAUAAUACUGGGAGUGACGGAGGGGUUGGGAAGAAAGGGGAUGGUCAAUCCUGA